CUUUUGGUGUCCGUCCAUCCAAUGCUCCUCCGACCUGCGACUUGUGCCGUGCUCCAUGCUGCGCGCGCAGCUUCCUUUGCUCUGCGAAGCAAUCGACACGCUACCCCAUCCGUGUUGACGAACGUACCCUCUCAUCGACUGUCUCCUAAUGCUCUGCGUCGCGACUGGAUUGCAAUGUUCCGAGAAUUCUCGACAACUACCAACAAAAGCAAAGACACUGAGCCCAAUCCGUUGUCAAAGGAUGCCGGCGUUCCGACGGCGUCUGACCCUCGAGUGAGCGAAAUAUUGGAGUUGAUCGAGCAGAGCCGCGUAGAGGUUCGUCGUACUAUUAGAAACUGAGCUGUGGUGACGCGAUUGUUGCUCAUUAAUGGCUAAAAUAUUGUGGCGAGAAUAGGGAGACAAUGAGCGGGAGCUGGAACAGUCGCUUGAACUCUACGACCUCCUCAAGCAACGCAGCCAGCAAGGUACAACUUGCUUGCAUACUUCGAAUCAGUCAGAAGUGCCUUAUCUGGUGUGGUGGCACAGAUGCUGACGUAUUCGAGGUGGCAUUCGGCAUCGCGCGGAUAUACGACGACCAGCUGGAGGACGGAGAGACUGCCAUCAAGUACUAUGAAGAGGCCCUCGAGAUUUUGGAGGCGAUCUCGACCGAAGUAACAGCUUGGGGUGCAUAUAUGCGUGUGACUACCUUUGGAGCCCUUGCAGUGUGCUACGAAAAGCUUAGCCGGCCUGAGGAAGCUGCAAAGUACUUUGAAGACGCCAUUGGCGCGUAUGAAGAGCACUGCGACCAAGCACCGACUUUGGAUGAUGGUGAAGCUGAUGAUGUAUCGGACUCGGACGUCUCUCUUCUUGCUGAUCUCAACGCCACGGCUGCCAUGAUCCACUACCACUACGCUGGUAACUUGCUAGCACAAGAUCGCUGGGAUGAGGCUAAGACCGUCACAGAGAUCGCGCUUGUACUUGCCGAGAAUUCAAGUAUGCCGGCGGGGGACUUGGAGGAACUGCAGCAGUGCAUUCACGACCUGUGGCUGGAAAUGGAUUAGACUGCGAUCAAAGUUAAAAAAA